AUGGAUGCCGUCCCAUCUUGCGGUUGCAAGGGCGUCCGCUUCUGUGCGCUAUGCGAGGACACGGAGCGCGUGAGGAAUCUAGCAAGGAAAGCCCGCGCGGAAGAAGAAUAUACCGAUUACGACGUCUACGUUUUCCACGCGGCCACGCAGACCGCAUCUCGAUGCCCCGGGCUGAGUGCUUCUUCUUCGUGUGCCGAAAUUCAGGAAGCCGGAUGUGCCGAGCCGACGGGCGAUCAAUUGAGCAUCGGCGGUCUUCUCUUGAUACAUAACUUCAUUUCUAAGGAAGAUGAAGCACGACUGAUGGAAACAAUCAACAAGGUCGACUGGGCUCCGUCGCAAAGUGGGCGCCGCAAGCAGGACUACGGCCCCAAAGUCAACUUCAAGCACAAGAAAGUGAAGACGACCGGCUUCACCGGCAUGCCCGAAUACGCCGACUUCCUGCUGAACAAGAUGAGCGCGUACUCCGAGCAGCGACUCGGCCACUAUCUUCCUUUCGAGAUGUGCAAUCUCGAGUAUGAACCGGAGAAGCACAGCGCCAUCGAGUUUCACCAGGACGACAUGUGGAUAUGGGGGAAUCGGUUGAUAAGCAUAAACCUGCUCUCCGGCUCGGUGAUGUCGCUGGCAAAUAAGGAGAAGCGCCUGCUCUGCUUCGUCCCGAUGCCCCAUCUAUCAUUGCUCUGCAUGGCCGACGAGGUGCGCUACGAGUGGAAGCACGCCGUCCUCUACCAACACAUUACAAGUCGCCGGAUAGCGCUCACGAUGCGCGAGGCCGAUCUCAAGUUUACGGAAGGCGGCGAGCUCUACGAGAAGUUUGGCCAGGAGCUGAUCACGAUUGCCCGACAACGAGUUCUGCCGCCCGCG